AUGCCGUCUGAACGCCCCAAUGUACCGGUGAAGCUGUCCUUGCCGUUGGUAACUGACACGGCCGAAAAGCAAUACCAGCAGGACAUCUUCACCGAACUGCGCGCGGAGGAUGAGCUGGUCAUCCUUGCUCGAGGCCUCGGGCUUCUGCGCUUGGUGACGAAUCUGCUCCAUUUCUACGAUGCUGCAGGUAACAACCUUGUGUUAGUCGUGGGCGCCGACGAUCGGGAAAAUGAGUGGAUCGGAGAGGCGUUGGCGGAGCACCAUGCUAUCAGCAAGACGCCUUUGGCUAGGGGUCUGAAAGUGAUCAACACCGACAGAGCCACGGUUCCAAUGCGCGAGAAGAUCUACGCGCAGGGUGGUGUUCUGAGUGUGACAUCCAGGAUACUGGUGGUGGAUUUCCUAUCAAAGCUGCUUGACGCCGGAAAGGUUACCGGGAUGGUCGUGUUGCAUGCGGACAAGAUUGUUGCAACUUCCAUCGAGGCCUUCAUUAUCCGCGCUUACCGCGAGCAAAACAAGCGAGGCUUCCUCAAAGCGUUCUCCGAUGCGCCCGAGCCUUUCGCAACAGGGUUCGCUCCCUUGGCCACUUCCAUGCGCAACCUUUUCCUUCGCAAGGCAUCACUAUGGCCGCGCUUCCACGUCACCGUCGCAGAAUCGCUGGAAGGCCACCGGAAAGCGGAAGUGAUUGAACUUGAGGUUCCCAUGAGUGAUAAGAUGCGCGAAAUACAAAAUGCCGUCCUUGAGUGUGUGGAGAUCUGCAUCGGCGAGCUGAAGAAAGCAAACACGGGGCUGGACAUGGCGGACUGGACCUUGGACAGUGCUCUGCACAGGUCUUUCGAUAUCUCAAUCAGGCGUCAACUCGAUCCCAUAUGGCACCGCGUGAGCUUCCGGACAAGGCAGAUUGUCAGCGAUCUGUCGGAUCUUCGGGCUAUUCUCCAUGCCUUGCUGACCUACGACGCCGUCUCCUUCCUCAAGUAUCUUGACACCAUUGUUACCGCACACACACCGCCUCCUGGAUCUACGAAACACAACUAUUCGCCGUGGCUUUUCCUUGACGCGGCUGACGUACUGUUUCAGACCGCGAGGUCGAGGGUAUAUCAAGGCCGGAUAGGCAACGAUGUAGCUCGCUCAUCAGCCACGUCGUUUCCCACUACACUUCAACCUACAUUGGAAGAGCAGCCCAAGUGGGAGGUGCUGUCGGAAGUCCUGCAAGAGAUCGAGACAGACGCUUAUCUCAAUCCCGUCAACGUGGAUGAGUCAAACAAUACCGUCUUGAUCAUGUGUAGCGACCAACGCACAUGUCGGCAACUCCGAGAAUACCUGGGCACAAUGCACGCCAAAGUAAGCAAUGCGAAGCAAAGCUCCACAGAUCCGGGUGAUGCCAUCGAUGAAAAUGCAGGUUCGGCCGGAGUGAUGUUGCGCAGAAAACUACGGGAUUAUCUUGACUGGAAGAGUUCAUUGUCAAAUGUUAGCAAGAACCUUUCAUCCAAACCGCCUGACGAGGCCGCACAAGCUUCAGCAGGCAGGAACCUACCCGGAUCUUUGAACCAGCAGGGAAGACAUCCGUCGAAUAAACGGCGCCGGGUCCGCGGCGGAGGUGCAGCAACUGCCGCCCCAGGACGCGCGCCAAACACUGGCAUUCAGGUUCCGAUUGAGCCCUCAGCUCAAGUUUCAGCAUUGCUCGAUGAGAUCCAACCGACAGAGGUCGAGGAGACUCAAAAGGAGGAAAUCAUCAUCGAUGACCUGGACGACAUGGAGGACUACUACGAACUAUGCGAUAUGGAUGACCUGGUCAUGAUACAUCCCUAUGAUGGGGACAUGGACGAGCAUAUCCUCGAGGAGGUUCGCCCACGGUACAUCAUCAUGUACGAACCGGAAACUGCGUUCAUCCGCCGAGUGGAGGUCUAUCGCAGCUCCCACGUUGGAAGAGACGUCCGGGUCUACUUCACCUACUACGGAGGAUCUGUCGAGGAGCAGCGCUAUCUCAGCGCCGUCCGACGAGAGAAAGACUCAUUCACGAAACUCAUCAAAGAGAAAGGCAACAUGGCCAUCACCAUCACCCACGACAAGAGCCAAGAGGACCCUCAAGAACAAUUCCUCCGCACCGUGAACACCCGCAUCGCCGGCGGAGGCCGACUCGCGGCCACCGCAUCCCCCCCUCGAGUCGUGGUCGAUGUGCGCGAGUUCCGGAGCGCGCUCCCCUCGCUCCUCCACGGCAACAAUAUGGUCGUGGUCCCCUGCCAACUGACCGUCGGCGACUACAUCCUCACACCGGACAUCUGCGUCGAACGCAAAUCAAUCCGCGACCUAAUCACCUCCCUCCGCAACGGCCGUCUCUACAACCAAGCCGAGACCAUGCUCCAACACUACAAGAACCCCCUCCUGCUGAUCGAAUUCGACCAAAACAAAUCCUUCACCUUCGACGCCUUCGCCUCCGCCACCGUCCCCGGCACCACCUUCCUCACCGACUUCGGCUUCUCCUCCUCCGGCGCCAGCACCGUCUCCACAAACAGCUCCCUCGUCAACCCCUCCGCUCCCAAAUCCGCCCAACACCUCCUCGUCCUCCUCACCCUCACCUUCCCCCGCCUCAAGAUCAUCUGGUCCUCCUCCCCCUACCAGACCGCCGAGAUCUUCGCCGAGCUGAAGAAGAAUAACCCCGAGCCCGAUCCUAUCCGCGCCGUGCAGAUCGGUCUGGAUAUUGAUAUCGCGGCCGCGUCUGGCUCCGGUGAUGUCAUGGCGGCUGCCGGCAUCGAGCAUCGCGUCUUUAAUCUCCUGCCCCAGGAUAUGCUCCGCGCUGUUCCGGGCGUGAAUCCUCAGGCCCUGGAGCGGUUGAUCGUGGAGACGGAGAGUAUUCAUGAGAUCGCCAAUAUGGAGGUCGAGCAGUUGGAUCCGUUGGUUGGGGUUGAGGCUGCCCGGAAGAUAGUGGGGUUUUUUCGCAAGAGUGUGUUUGAGGAGGGUUGAUGUAGACAGACAGACAUACAUACUAUAUACAUACGUGCC